GAACCCGGAAACAACGUAGGCUACUGCAGAUGACGACUUGUCUUUAACGGGAGUGUACUACAUAGGAGAUGAGAUAAUGUCCUAGAAAUCAGGUCCAUUAUUUGUCGCGCAGAUAUUCCCGUAAACCACAAUGAAAAUCAAUAAAAUCUAAUCAUGCGAAAAUAAUAUCAGUAAUAAUUUCUAGCAGUCGACCAAGCUACAACAGCAACGUUUGUCACCAUUCAUGGACAAAGACAAGAGAAGCGAGACUGUAAGUAGACGACACCUAUUCUAAGCAUAUAAUCUCACGAAUUCAAUCGAAUACAUGAAACAUAUAGGCUUUUCGGAUUUUGUUCAUUUUUAACCUCAAACUUGAUCUAAAUUUACAUGAAUGCUAUUUUACUGUCUGUAGCUUGCACACUGCUCCUGGUCGGAGAUGCAUCAGUUCAUCGGUGACCUUAUGACAUCUGGAAGCAGCUCGAAGAAUCAGCCAGAUGUGCUGAGUGCAGCAUGGGGUGUGGUCAGAGACAGUCCGCACGGCAGAAGUAGUGGUGAAGCUGUUGGGUUCAGAGAUACUUCACUUGGACCUCUACUACAAACUCAGACUACCCAGGAGAAGCCACAGGCAGAGUCACAGAAACGGAUCCAGACGGAGGCAUCACAGAGGAAAGAAGAGACCAGAGCAGUAAUAAAAGGUCAGAGCAAAAAAUAGGUUUAAAGGGAUAUUCCGGUGUAAAAUUAAUUUAGGGUCAAACACACAGUGACAUAGAGUUAGACACCCCUUGGAGAGAUGAAUGUUGCCGACCGCUUGUUUCUCUAGUUACCAACUUUAGUAAUGACCACAGAUAGCAAUACACAGCGGUCUCAGGAGCCGAACACAAACCUCAACCAAAAUGCCACUCUAUAGCCACAAAUAAUGCUCAGAACAGCACCUAACUUCAUCAACAUAUAGGGUCCAAGCCACAGCACUAGCCACCAAACAUCUUUUAAGCUUUGCCUAAUUUCUUUAGCAAAGAGACUAAACACAACUUACCCACCUCUUCCAGCAGCCGCUUGUUUGUAGCGAGACCUCGGGCCAGUCCAACACACCAUAACACCGUAACAUUGCUGCGGGGUGACGCAGCUCAAGGAAGAACAUUUAUGUAGGAGCCAGAUUGGGGUUUUGCAGUUUAUUGCUAUGUAUUUUUUGUGCCAACAGAUGAUGCUAUUGUGCCUGUCUAUUUAAUGGGUGGGUUGAUUAGGACAGGUGCGCACACCUGGGAAGCCGAACAGUUUUUUGACCGUGUGAAGUGGUCUUGUGUCUUUGUCUUACAUAAAAUGAUGAAUGAGUAAAUAAAUCAAAACAACAGAAGAUAUGGACGGUGUGACAUGUGACAUUAUUCCACCUACGGGCACGCGUCAACUCAAGCAAAAAGGUGUUCGCCACAAGUAACAGCAUUGCAAAGCUGUUAUAUUUAUGAUCAUUCCUUUAUCAUUUCCUUGAAGUAACAAUCACCAUUUCAAUCAUUUUGAACUGCAGACAUGGUAGUUCUUUUGCCUCAGCAUCUCUGUCUGAUUGCAUUUCCAUGAAGAAAUGAUCAUAAAUGUUCUUCCUUGAGCUGCGUCACCCCGCAGCAGCACAUAAUAGACUGGCCCAAGGUCUUGCUACUACAAACAAGCGGCUGCUGGAAGAGAGUGGGUGAGUUGUGUUUAGUCUCUUUGCUAAAGAAAUGAAGCAAAGUUAAAAAGAUGUUUGGUAGCUAGUACUAUGGCUGGGACCCUAUAUGUACUGUUGAUGAAGUUAGGUGCUGCUCUGAGCAUUAUCUGUGGCUAUAGAGUGGCUUUUUGGUUGAGGUUUGUUUAUGGCUCCUGAGACCUGCUGUGUAUCGCUAUACUGCGGUCACUACUAAGGUUGGUAUAACUAGAGAAGCAAGCAGUUGGCAACAUUCAUCUCUCGAGGGGGUGUCGAACUCGAUGUUACAGUGUUUUACACCGGAAUAUCCCUUUAAGGCAUGUUCCUGAUAAGAUUCAACAUGGAUAUCUAAUUGUGUUUUUUUUUUCUUAUUGCAUAGACUUGCAUUUUGCCUGCACCUGCCCUGGCUGCCCCUACUCCACUUCUCCUUUUAAACCCAGACAACCUUUGAUCUCUAAUGGCACUGCUCCAGUGAGUCUUGGCAUGGGCUUAGCAGACACUGAACCAAGCAGCACCACCUCCACAUCUGAACGAGACUCCAGACCACCCUGCUGCCCACUCAGGGAGGAGGCGGAUGGAGGGACUGGGAGCCUGGCGACAUCCUCAGACAUUGCUCCUGCCAGAGCUGGCUCCUUGUCCCACCUCUCUAUGUUCCCAUGCUUAUGUUGCCAUCGCAGCCUCCAAACUUGCACCCAGGCAGUGAGCCAUGACAGCCGAGAUUCACCAUUUUCUCACACUCAUGCCCAUCAUCAUUUUCACCACCACCACCAUCACUGUCCAUUAACCUCUUGUUUACCCUGCCCUCACCUUUCCAGCCCCUUCCCCUGCCUGUCUUGCCAGCACUCUUUUCCCACCUGCACUCAGGUGUGCCAUCACCAGCACAGACAAACACACACUCAGCAACAAGAGGAAAGAAGCCGGGCAGCAUCUACCAUGUUGUUGCUGCAUCCCUGCAUGCACUGCUCUGCUUCUUUCUCUAGACCGUCACAGUUGCUGCAGCACCAGCGUACUGAGCACGCCCACAAACCAUCCGGCUUUCUCUGCACAGAGUGUGGCAGGACCUUCAACUCACACAGCAACCUCCGCAUCCACCUCAAUGUACACACUGGAGCCCGGCCCUACUCCUGCUCUGACUGCGGGAAGAGUUUUAGCCAGUCAGGAGCUCUGAAGAUCCACAGGCGGAUUCACACAGGUGAGAGGCCAUAUUCGUGUGGAUUUUGCGGUAGGGGUUUUCCUCAUCUUGCAGGGGUACGGGCCCAUCAGAGGAUCCACACAGGAGAAAAACCCUACCGUUGUAGCCAAUGUGGGAAAUGCUUCACUCAGUCUGGAGCUUUGAAGAUCCACACUCGCAUUCACACAGGAGAGAGGCCCUUUGUCUGCAACCUCUGUGACAAGGCUUUUUCCAACCGCUCUGGGAUUCGCUUCCAUUACCGCACAGUCCAUGGACUCGUCCCUGAUCAUGCUGGGGAGGCUGGACUAGGGACUGUGAAUCAAGGACCAGCAGGUCGUGGUUUCCUUCUUGGGCGGCCAAAGACUUUCCCCCAGUCUAGUAUUGGGCUAAAUACUCACAACAACCUGAAUAGUAACUCAGAUACAGCUCCAAAUCCCACAGAUUCUCCUGCUUGUCCUGGCCCGGCUGCUCUCGAUGUAAAUAAGAGAAAAUCUCAGUCAGACCCAAACAGUAACAGUGAGGUACUUUUGUAUACAUGUGAAGACUGUGGCUUGCGUUUUAAGGAUGCCCCAUCCAGGAACAGACAUCAGGCUCUAAUGCACUACUCCUUAGAGGGGAGAGAGGAAGAAGAAGAGGAAGAGGAGGAGGAAGAUCAGAGGGAAAGAAUUAGCACAAAUAAGGCCGUCUGUGAUAUCAGUGGAGUGAAAUGAUAAUUUUGGUGCAUUACCACAAGCUGAACACAAAAACAAACCAGUCUUUUAUGUUAAAAUACAUUCAACUUGUGCAAAAUAUAUUCUGCACACAAGUACAUUUGAUAUGACACUUACUUUCAGCUGUUCUUACAAGUUUUUAAAUGACAAACUGCCUGUUUGUGCAAAUGAGUCACUGCCAUUUUCCAUCUCAGAGUAACUUUGACACCCAUCCUGCUGCAAUUAUAAAACAGUCCAACUUUGAAAUUAAUGUUUUUUUUUCCUUUAACAAAGUUGAUUUAUUGUGCCUUAUUCAGCAGGGGAAGAUUUGAACAGAAAUUGCUCAAUUUGUGUUUUAGUAACAUUUUAAGAUGCACAAAAAGGCCUUGUAAUGGUGUAAAAUACGAUCUUAUGUCUUGUCACACAAAAUUAUUUGUAGACAUGAAUCAAAAUGAAAAGCAACUCUUAACCUGAUCUUUAAAUCAAGUCUUAAGUGAUUCCAAGAGGUUAACACCUGUAUUUCUUCAAAAAAAAAUCCUGUCAAAUGUUCAGUGAAGUAAUAGUAAGUAAAGUGGCAAAAGCCUAAAAAGUAAAUAAUAUUUUAAGGAUUGGUCAGCUGGUCAGUAAGUGUGUGCCUUCUUCAAGCACACUUCAGAGGUUGAAUCACAGGAGCAGAAGUCCGACAGCCUAGAUCUCAGCUCCACCUUGCCUGCUGUGCCUUUGUAAAUACUUCAAACAGUGUUUGUUCUGAGUGAAACGGAUGAAAAUUAUGUGAAGCAUUGCAACCAACUGUCACAGAUUAGAUUUUUAGCUGUUACAAACUCAAGAGUGCCACCUAGUGGUUAUUCUCAAUCAUAGCAACAAUCAUAACCACUUAGUUUCUCUGUACCAUUUAUAGUGCUUUGUAAAUGUUUUUUAAAACAUGUUAAAAUCAAACAUUAUGAAUACAAUGUGUUGUGAGGAUGAUUAACAAACUCAAUAGACUCUUUUUUUUGCAUUCACCUGUUAAAAAAGUCAAACCAUACAUUGCUGUAUGAGUUCUUAAAAGUGCAACUUGUGAUAAAACAUUUUCCUAUUAAACAGUUCUUCUGAAACACAACUGAACCUGGAUUUCCUCAGUACAUCACAGAAUAUUCCCACGGUAUGAAAACAUAUAUGUGUUAAGGGAAUAUUUGCAUCCAUAUGGCUCUCAGAACAGUGUACUGUACAUGCAGUGUAGUCCACCGUGCCUCGUACACUUGUGACACAUCACUGGGGUCACUGUCAGUGCAAGCACACUCUGGACAACGCUGUCCAGCUUUGUGUUCAGCUGAGAUCACCGGCCGGUCCUGACACAUUCUAACUCAGAAAAGUCUUUUUCUCCAUAUCUGAGCCGCUUACAAAGGCUCCUCAUACGUGUGCUUCUGUAGUAACGAGUCACGGGACUUGGGCUCAGCGUAGACAACACUGACUGGGCGUGGGCUGUUAGCGUGAAGAGCGGGAGUGCAGUAGCCAUUGGACAGCAUCCUGUGAGAGGGGCAGUCAUACUGAGAGUGGCUGGAUGUCAUCAUUGGGCCAGCCAUGGGUGCUGGUACAGGAGGUCCAUGUGACUCAGAGGGCAGCUCAGCGAACGGGGUGGCGUACUCCGGCUCUGGGGGUAGAGGCUCGGUGUACUCUGGCAGACUUCCAGGAGUGUCAUAAUGGCUGACAGCGAAGGGAGCAGUGUAGCCCUCUUCUGAGGAAGGCCUAAACGUUGACCCCACUUUCUGCCCGACGGCAGGCUCAGCAUAGUCUGGAAAAAAAAAAAACGAGUUUUCAAAGAAGUUAGCCGAAAUCAAAGUGUUGUUCUAUUUCUUCCCAUUUGAGAUACAGCAAAACUUGCCAAACUUUAUUCUUACAUUUACAGUAUCGAUUUUUUUUUCCUUUAGUGUUUCUGUCAUUUCUGUUGGCAAUGCCAGCUCUGAGCAGUUUCCAAGCAACCAGCAUGGACUCCAAGAAGCCACUGCUUCCAGCCAAAAACAAAUGACCUCCUGUAAAGUGGCAAAUGAUUUUUUUUUUCUUAUUACCCUGCCUUUUAACAUCAGUCUUUGAACGCCUCAAUUAAACUACCUCUAAUUAGUUAGCUUGAUAGAUUUAGAUUGAGAGUUGGGCUGAUUGUGCAACUACUUAGUCUAUAAUUUCCAGCCUUGGGUUACGCUUAUGAAGCUGCAAUAAAGACACUCUUAAUUGUUACACUCCAAGAGGUACUGUCAAAAGAGUUCCCAUGGUUAUUGAAAUUUUAUUCGUGCAUUACUGUCUUGCACAUAGAAAAUGUCCAGUAACCUCCCAUAAGCUCCAAUGGUUUCACAGUGAUGCCUCUUGAACACCUCUGUUACUACUUCUGAUGUUGGCUCAACUGAGAGAUCGAGUUUGCCCCUCCAGUCACGUCUCCAUGCGUGUUACAUUGGGAUAAGUUGUAACAGAAGGAUAACAUGCAGUGUAAAAGGCUCAAAUGCCUCUAAAUACAGUGACAGUGGUCUUAUAAUACAGUACUUGGAUCUGUUCAGACCUCUUGUAGAAGGGUGUGGUGUGGGGGCCUCGACAUUACCCAAGAGCCCGCGGGGAGCCUCAGAACCAGAGCUAUUUUAAUUAGACGGGCUUUAGUGAGGGCUUUGAUUGUCUUAGCUUUGACCCUCUGUCCUGUUUAUCACUUGACCUCUCAGUGAAAGGCCCCAUCGCUUGGGGGAGGGGAUGGAUGGAGGAGGCAGAGAGUGGGGGAGCGGUGGGCGGUGAGGAGGGAAUAGGCAGAGCGCCCUUUAUCGAGCUCCAAUUAAAGGGUCCCUUUCAGAGGAGCUCCAUGGACCAAAGAAAGGAAUGUUUAUACUGUGGCUGGGUGAUGGGCUGAGCUGGGGGGAGAAAGAAUGGAGCGCCCGUGGAGAGAGCUGUUUGCCUGUCAGGCCUGGCAGGAGCUCCUCAAACUGACCGCUGAAGCCAGAGAUUGUUAGAGCGGGAAACAUGGCAGAGGGACAGCAGAGCCUCCAAACUUCAGGUCACAAGUGAACCCUGAACGAGUGAAGAAAAGUGAAUAAAUAAGCAGGAGCUCUGCAUGGAUUCUUACCGUUGAGGGGAGGGCUUGGUAGGGCAUCAUGGACAUUUCUCUUGAGAGGGUAGGAGAUAAGCUCUGACCGGGAGCAGGGGAGGCUCUUUGACUGGAAACUCUGACAACCUACUUGACACAAAAGAACUCAUAUGAAGAGGGUUUGACGAUUUAACAAUGUUAAAAAUGGUUUGAAGAGCACUUGACUUACUUUUGGGUAGAGAGUACUUCAACUCUGUUUCUUUUUUCCUGCACAGGUAUGAAAAUGAACAGACAGCAUUAAUGGGUUGGACAUCACAGAUUUUUUGCUUUGACUACUGGACGAUCAUUAGAAGGGCUGAAGCAAGUAGUUGUGUUACACUUUGACAAGAAAUUUGAAUGUGACUAUUAGGCAAAAAUACUACAUUUUAAUGUAUGUAUGUAUCCUAAAAAGUUUAAUCUCAUCUCAAUUAAAACGUGUUACCUUCUUUUCCACCAGACUCCAGCCAACAAACAACUGCCGCACAUUAUCAGAGCCAGAACCACUCCCACUGCCACUAUGACAGGCUGACUGGAGCCUGCAGGAAAAAAAAGUGUGUGAGUGAGCAAACAGUCGUACAAGAGCAAGGAAUGCAUUUUACUGCUGUGUAAACAAAGAUAGAGACAUUGUUUUUACUGAUUUAACAUGCACUUUGACAGUCAUUCUCAAUGUAUAAAAUAUUUGUUUUAAAUGUUUUUUUUUCUUCUGUUUCAUUCUUAUUACAAUCGUUCCUUUCAAUUAUUGUGGUUGCUGUCAUUGCAGGUGUUAUAAUGAUUUUGUAUAAAGACUGUACAUGUUGUUUUUGUAUGGUAGACAGAUGAUCAUGGCAUACAUAUCUAUUUUUUUUCGCCAUUACCAUUAUAUUUGCAUGAAUCUGAAAAUAUUGCACCUGUUUUCCCUUUUAUUGUAUGUGUUUUAAAGCAAGGUGAAGAAAGUAAAAGGUAAAAAAUGAGUAUCCAGUGAACAAAAUUAAAAGUGAGUAAAUAAGAAGUUGUUUGACAGGUUCAUACUCAGUCUUGUCUCCACUAACACUGGACCCUCAGUGGGGGUAGGAGUGGGGCUGGGCGGUGGUGUAUCCACAUUUACUUUAAUGGAAGGGGAUUCUGUUGAAGCAAGACACACACACAUUUACAGUGCAUCCAGAAAGUAUUCGUAACACUUUACUUUUUCCACAUUUUGUUAUGUUACAGCCUUAUUCCAAAAUGGAUUAAAUUCCCUUUUUCCCUCGAAAAUGCUACACAAAAUACCCCAUAAUGACAAAGCGAAAAACUUUUUUCGCUUUGCAACAUUUGAGUGUCUUAUUUUUAAUACAUUUGCAAAAUGUUUGCAAAAAAAGGGAAUUUAAUCCAUUUUGGAAUAAGGCUGUAACAUAGCAAAAUGUGGAAAAAGUGAAGUGGUAUGAAUACUUUCCGGAUGCACUAUAUAUAUAGAGAUAAACAUAUAUAGAAACAUAUAGAUAUUUAUAGAUAAAUAUAGAAUAAUAAGCACAGACUUAAAUUUUACAGAACUUCACUGAUUUUUGCCCACAGACUUUCUGGGAUAAGAAUAAGACAGCAGGACUACCCACCAGCGGGUGAGCGGGACCUCGAAAUUAAUCUGCUAACAGGACAGCCCAGGACUUGGACCUGAGCUGAGGCUCGGCCGUGCCAGCUCAGUGGCUGCAAACGGACAAACCGAGCCACCACUGGAGGAAUAAGACUGUUGAGAACCCUGAGGUGUCCAUCGGUGUAGGCCUGAAACACCUGGGGACCGCAGUAAGCAGGUUACUUAUUAACAGAGGACACCAGGAAGUACACAAAGUUUGAACAUCAGCUUUUGUACUACUGAACAAGAACCAACCAACCGACACGAGAGAAAGCAGAGCAAUACACACCUUUCUCUCUUUGCUGAGGGUGCCUUUGUAAAGCUUCCAAUUUUUUCUGUCCUUGCUGAAAAGAACAAUGAAGGAUUCUAUGUAGUACUUGUUUGAUCCCGUUGUUAUUAUUCCUGAAAAAAGAGCAUGAAAUUAAAAGUUCAGAAAUUAAUAAUCAGAAUAAGCUGAAGCACAUUCCUUAUUGUAAAAAGGUUUAUCAGUUUCCUCUUGGUUGAUCUGGUUCUUCUGUCAACAAAUCUAAUCAAUAGAGAAAAAAAACAAAGUUUUGGGACAUUUCUCAAUACUCUUAACUUUAACUACCAGUCUAACUUUCACUCAUUGUUUCACUCAGAAUAACAGCAAGCUUUAAUCUUCAGUAUAGAAGAUAAAUCAACAUGUUUCAUUCAGCAAAUCCUGUCUUUCGUUUACCUGUAAUGUUGCUUCUGUCACUCAGCUCCAGCUCCACCCACGGCUCUGGGUCAUUGCUAUCUGCUGUCCACUGUAGGGACAUUGUGUACUCUUGACUCUUCUUAUCCCAGAAAGAUGAGGCGUUUAAACCAGACACUCUCAGGACGCUGUUGCAUUCUGUUUUUUUAGAGCAGAGAAAAAUCAACUCAUGAACGACAAGACAGAAGUUUGAACAUUAACAAGCAAACUCUACUAUUUAUUUUGAUGAAAUGCUGAGGUUUUUCUUAGGGUUUCUACAUGAAGAAUGCCUAUAAUGUGCAGUUUGUAGUGCAUGGGUUAAAAAAAAGUUUAAAUCAAUGGUUAUCAUUUGGGCACAGUGUUGUGUAGUCAUGCAGCAAUGCCCUUUAAUACCUUGACUGAAGAGCAGCUUCUUUUCAGAUAAUGACCCCCUGUCGAAAGAAGACAGUUGAAAAGGUUUGUAUACCCACAGAAAAUCAAAUACAAACUCUUUCAUGCUAAACAACAUGUUACUAUCAGAGCAGACGUACAUUUUUGAAAGGACUCCGUUGGCAAAGGUGGAUUCAUAGAGUUUUAUACUUUUUCCACGGUUCACAGUGACACGACCUCCCAAACUAUCAGACACAGCUCCAGCAUGGACUGCAGCCUUGCACAGGACUGAAGUCUACAGAACAGGACAUGUGAUGCUUUUUCAGACAUAAUUUUAAAAUACAACAUGCUCAUGGUGGUAUAAUGUAACAUUGUUUACUUACAUCUCUGUAACCCUGCUCAGAGUUCCCCCAAACGUCCCCUGUGACAUUCUUACAUCCAGCAGGGCAGUACACACUACACAAGAGGAGAAUGAUAAGUGAGAAAUACUAAUCCUUCUAAUCAGACAGAUUCGAUUAUGAAACAUCAGGGUAAGAGGUGAUGGGGGGUUGCUUACCUCAAAAGCUGCCAGCUAUAAUGAGACCCUCGUUGUAAACAAGAAAUCAGGUCUGUUACAGGAAAACGGACACUCAAAUUAAUCUUAACCCAGAUAAUGAAUCUGAACUUUCUUACAAAGAGUCCAAACAGCACAUCUCAAGCUUACAUAAUUCCCCCUCAUUCCUCAAACAACACACAAUUAGACUCUGUGUGAGACAGUCUAGCAUGUUCUAUGUGUGCUGUAUUAAAAGAUGAGCGGUCAUCGCUGUUGAUGUGACUAAGCCCUUUGUUUCGGUGAUUUUGACACAGUUCAUGAGUACAGUGAAAGGUCCUCGUGAGAUCCAAGUCAACAGACAGUGGUCUGUGCGUCUGGACAUGGGCUUAGCUUCAGACAACCCAGACGCAGCCAGAUUUCAUAAACAACUCAGUAAAAAACAGGAAACUAUGAUACAAACUGUACUGUGCAGAUUACCUCAUCCUGGGGAAAGGAAGCUACCUCUAAAUAUAGACAAGCAUCCAGACAAAACAAGCACAAAGGAUUAUUAAAAUGACACAUGGGCUGAAACUUCACAUGCGUGUCUUGUUUUUGCUACACAGAGACACUAAAUUUCAACCCCUAAAUAAAUUUAUGUGCACAUGCUUCAAUCUGUUGUUUCGUUGGUGGAAAUAGUGAAAAUGUGCAUAAAUAAAUGGUAAAAUCAACCAUCUCAAGGUUGCAUUAAUGUGGGAUAGUCUUGGGUUUGCACUGGUGAUGAAGAAGAGGAGGAGGAAGGGGUGAGAAAAAGAACUGCAGCCACUCUAAGCAACAGACUAAAGCCUGAGGCCUCACUCCAUUCAGCUUCAGUGAAGGAGUCUGUCUCUAGCUUUCUAAGCAAACAUGCCACAGCAGAGAUAGUGAUGGAGGAUGAAUGCCAAUAAGAAGGGACACACACACACACACGCAUGCACACACAUCAGCAUACACACUAUGGAAAAUGUUCACACAGACAUCAGCUGAUAAAAUGACUUCAGUGAGAACUUGUAGAGCAAAUUUUCAAAGUUCAAUUCAAGCUAUUCAAAAAGUGAACAUCGAUGUGACCACCACAAACAUCGUUCCUAUCAUCACUAGAAAAGCACUCGGAGAGCACAGACCUCUGCCAAGCAGCUCAUGUCCCCCCUUAUAUUGUGAUUCACACCAAAACUUUUACUGUUACGUGUCUUUUAUUAACUUUUAUUUGUGUUUAAACUGGUAUGUUCACUGUUCAUAAUGUUCCUAAAACAACAAAGCUCAUAUUAGAUACAUAAAUGCAUGAUUUAUUAUGCAAUAUUUUAAGCGUACACUUCCUUGUAUCUUCAUUGGUUAUCUUUCAGCAUUGAAAAUUCCAACGACACCCUUAUUUUUGUGUGUUCUGGAUCACAGUAUCCGGAAUUUUGUCUGGAUCAGGAUCAACCUUUGACACCUCAUAAAACUCACUGAGAUCCUUUUGUGUUAUUUUUUACUAAAGACUCUGGCCAUUUUUAUAGAGUUACAUGCAAAAAUUCCAAAAUUUGCCCUAUCUCACAAUGAUAAAGAAUCCUUCAAAAAAUUCCUGGAUCCAGAAGGCGAUCCAGAUCACCACCAAAAUGUAAUGGGAUCCUCCUGGGGCUGAGACGCACCUCUGGUGAAAAUUUCAGGUCAAUCCGUCUCUUACUUUCUCCGUAAAGUUGCUAACAGACAAACAAACAAACUAGAAAGGCACUCAGAGAGGGCAGACCUCCGCCAAGCAGCUAAUGUCCCCCCUUAAACAAGAAAUGUUGCGAGGCGACAGUGCUAACCACUACACCACUGUGCCGCCUAUCUACACCACUGUGCUGCCCAUUGGUUAUCUUUCAGCAUUGGAAAUUGCAACGACACCCUUAUUUUUGUGUGUUCUGGAUCACAGUAUCCAGAAUUUUGUCUGGAUCACCACCAAUGGGAUCCUCCUGGGGCUGAGACGCACCUCUGGUGAAAAUUUCAGGUCAAUCCGUCUGUUACUUUCUCCAUAAAGUUGCUAACAGACAAACAAACCAACGCUACCGAAAACAUAACCUCCUUGGCGGAGGUAAUAAUAGGAGUGUUUGCAAAGAGUAAUAAAGCAGACCUAAAUAUCAUACCUGGGUACUGGUCGGUGGAAUAAGACAGUAGAAACCCUCGUCCUGAGCGGUGUGGGCCUGACCUGAAAGUUAUCAUCACUUCAUUACUUCUUAGUGUCAGGUUCUUCUCUAAUGCAACAAGUCUCUGGCACACUGGACCUGUGAACAGGCAGACCCACAGAGCACACAAAGACAUUAAUUUUCAAAAUAUGAUGUAGGUGAACACCUGCACAGGCAGCAUGCUUCACUCUUUAGUAGUGAAAUGUUCAUUUCUUGGCAUCUAUCAAUAGGUAAAGUUGACAGAAGGUAAAGUAAAAACACAAUGCUUUCCUGUUGUGUUUGUCUCCCAUAACAACAGCCAUAAAGCAAAAUAGGAAGACUACAUAGACUGUUACGUGGGCAAUCUACAUGUAAGAACACCUUCCCAUCAGAGAAAACCGAACAAAAAAACAUGAGCUAGGUUUUCUGGAAUCUGGUAAAGAAGAAAAAAGCUGCGCAUCAGAGUGUUUCUAUAGCCUGAAUUUCUCAAUCCUUAUGUUGGUGUGUUGUUAAAAUCUCACGCCCUAAAGGCACAGUCCGAUACACCUGGUUGGAAAUAAUGCACAAGCAUCUUGCAUAAUAGAGUUUACCUGUUCAGUCAGUGUGUCAAUAGAAAGGCAUGCAUGGUGUACACUCUACAAUAUAUGAAAGCACAAUAAUGACGCAGAACUUUGAUUUUCAUAAGAUAAUUAAACAAAAGUUGGUACAUGUUAGUACAGCAAUGCACUUUUAGUCUGAUUCAGAUUCCUACUGAAAUGGUAAUACACCAAACUUAACUAAAGAUAAUCCUAAUCCAAUCUGGACUGGCUUUAUUUUAGUUCAUCUUCCAAAACCAUCACAAAAACACCGUGCAGCAUCAUCUUACCCAGAAUCCGCUCCCCAUUCUUGUCUGUAAUCACAAGAGAGCCGUUUCUGCACUCUGGACUGCUCUCAAUGUCAAAAUCCCCAAACAACAAUCGCAGCGUUCGCCCCUCUGGCACCCGUAGCCUCCAUUUACACCAGGUGUUGCUGGGGUAUGUCCCCGGGUAGUUCUGGGAGGCCAAAGUCCCAGACUCUGAGCCCAGCACUGUGUGUCCACAGCCAUUACCUGAACAAAGGUACACAAGAGGACAAGAGAGAGGCUGUGAAAAGAGGAAGUCUGUGGAAGUUUAGAGACCAAGUUGAUUGAAGGUAGUCGAAACAUUUCCAAUGUUUCCAACAUGCUGUUAGAAAUGGCCAAUGCUUCCUAAGGGGGCCAAUUUGGCUCAACUAAGUUGCAUGCCCACAGCUUAGAGGCUCUAGUCCUUCAUGAGUGCAGCUCGGGUUCGAUUCUAAACAGUAGCCCUCAGCCACAUGUCGUUUAACAUGCUGUUCUCAGUUCUCUAUUCUAUCUACUGUCCUACCUCUCCAUAAAACUACAAAAAGCCCCAAAAUAAACCUAAAGAAUAACUACAGCUGCAAGGUUGGCUACAAGAGUUGUGUUUGGUGUCCCUCAAUUUUUCUUUACCAGGACUGAACAAUUUUCAGGUUUUUGCUCCGGUUUCUGAUUAGAACAAGAAUAGGAACUAACACAUUGCCCUUGUUUCACGAUCAUCUCCCAGCUGACUCUAAUGGUCACUGACAAAUGGAUCACAGAAGAGGUGGUAGCAUAACCUGUACAGCCAAAAGCUCCAUAUCUCAUGAGGUUCUGCUGAAUAUUAUUUAAGUCUAAAAGAACCAGCAAGUACUUAUGUUUGUCACCUGGGAUGAGUCAAUUGUGUUUUUUUAAGGUUUACUAAUAAAUAUAUAUCAAUAAUUGUUUAAUAUGUCCUGCACAGGAUGAUUUACUUCAAACAGGUGCUAACUAGAAGUAUUUACCCCUCAUAAAGCUGAGUAAAUUUGAAUUACACUAUGACUAAUUAUGCUCAAGAGCCACUUCUACAUCUGUGCUGGUGAGAAUUAAUCCGCUGAACACCUCAAGUUUCAGUAAAACAAAAAUGCCAAUAUCUCAGACACGCCAUCAUAAGUUUUUUUAUUCAGAACACGUAACGUUAAAGGCUUUCUACUGCACUAUUUCAGGACAGAUGAGUAACUAGUCUUUUCUGAACACGCACAACAGACCAGGACAUGUUUAUACUCUUUUGAUCAUAACUAAGAGAUGACACAACAGCUAGAAAGAAGAGUAUUCCCAAGACAAUCACCAGCAUGUUGAACAUGAAGCAUUAAGAUCUUCUAAUACCGAAUGUUAAAAUUGUUAUUUGUUAGGACAUCUCCUUCUGAACAUGUACUGAGUCACUAUGACUAACUCUUUUGACUGGAACACAAAUAUUUAGAUCCUCUAACAUCCCUGUGGGUUGAAGAAAAUAAAUGAGUCAAUUCCCAUAGUGGUCAAACAGAGAUAAGUGCUGCGGGGGCAGCAGACUCAAAAUCCUUCUCCAGACAAAAUGUCAAGUGUUAAAGUGCUCCAAGAAUGGUCAAAACUUGAAAAAGGCACCAGGGUCAAUCUAAGCCUCAACAUCAUCCCUGUCCUUGUCUUCCAAAUAAGGCUGUUGGAGAUUUGUUGAGAGGGAACAGGAGGAUAACCUUCCCCCUCACCCUGUGUCACACACAUCCUGCAUCACACCAGCCGUUUCCCCAUUUCCCGACAGCUUCUUGGCCCCUAACAAUAGCAUGAACCUUCAGAUGUUAUUGCCCCUCCUCAUACCCCCAAAGGAUUCCCUGGAAAUGCCACAGCGACACACUGUAACCGUGGGCAACAGAGCGUGGAUCUGUCACCUUCCGGUUAGAAGCCUCAGAGGCCACAAGUUCUGGGUGGCUGGAAAUCUUUCCCUGCUUGCUGAACCCUCUCUCCGGGCUUGUCCGUUUCUGGUCUGACACUAAGAGCUGGGUGUGAGUUACGAACAGAAAAUGAAAAUCGAGUGAAUAAAUGACAGAAAACUGGAGGGGUAAGUGGGUGGUAGGACAGCAAUCCCAAGCAGCCCAUAGACAUUGUUUUCCACAUGCCUGCAGGUCCUUACAGGUCCACACUAGCAGACGGGAUGUUCACCUGUGCUACCUGUCACUACACUGCCUUACCCCGUCUUGUGUCAAUCACAAUGUUACAACACCAAAGCUGCAAUGUUUCCCCCUUAAUCUGGCCCCACCAAAUCUCUUCUCAGUCUUUCCAGCAAGCCCACUGUGAUUCAGAAGACAUAUCUGACCCUGGACUUAAUCAUCUUCCUCCCAGAGUCAGACAAAAACAACAGAAGGGAUUUGUGGUGUUACAGUCACAGUCUGCGGAGAAGUAAAUUGGUAAAUUAUUUCUGUCUGUGUAUAUGUAAGAUGACUGUGAUUCAUGCUGCACGUGGAGUUGAGUGCUGUUUGGGAGGAAAACCUGUGGGAAAGGUGGGCUGAUAGCUGGGAGGAGGUAAACAUGCACAAGGGAAGAGAAUGUAAAGAAUGCAACCAUCACAAAAGAUCAGGACAUGUCCUAUGUAGACCACAGGCCUUGGUAAAGAUACACCCAGUGAAAAACUGCUCAUUUAAAAAGUAAUAAUAGAUAAUCUAGCUUUAUGUUAUGAUAGUAUCAGACUUCAGAAGGAUGUAAACAUUGUUUUAAAGCCUGUCACUCAUUUGUACCGGCCUCACAACUCUUCAAAAUCACUUCACUACACCUAGAAAUAAACAGUAACAAAUAAAAAUAACGUUUAUUUGUUGAGACCAUAUAGCUAGCACUCGUAGCAUCAAGCUAACAGGAUGAUUGAAAUAGACUGGGGUGACAAAGUCUGUAUCUUAUCAUCAUUAAAAAAACAAACUCUCUUUCUCACCUUCCUGGCCGUGAACGCCAAUGGAA